AUGCCUGGCUGUGAAAAUGGUAAGAAACCACUGCAGCAGCCCAAGAAGCAAGCCAAGGGGACGGACGGUGAAGAUAAGUCAUUCAAGCAGAAACAGAAAGAGGAGCAAAAGGAACUUGAGAAGCUAAACAUGAUGGCUACAGGGAAGGGUCCCCUGGUCACUGGUGGAAUUAAGAACUCUGGCAAAAAGUAA